GCUCUCGCUCCAGUGAUCAAACGCAAUUUUGAUCUCCACGAAUGACUACAAGCUCAAGUUUCCUGUCCUGUUUACAUCGAGUAGAUCUUUGCUGACUUCAGAUUCCUACGAGCUCAUUAUUAGCUGAAGAUAAGCCCGAUGAUGCUGUGAAAUUAAGUGUACUUACUGUUGAUAACCCUCGAAGCUUCUUCCAAGAUGACCGUUCCGAUAAUGGCAGACGAAUCGUCCCGAGAUGAGGGAGAAGUUUAUACCUCUGUGCCGGUUGUGGUCCUAACAGUUCAUGAAGCACAGGAAGAAACCCAUGUAAAGCGAUCACAUUUCAGCUACGAAGCUGAGGAUGCUUUGCCGUUGCCUUCGUCCAAAUACAGAUACAGCAAAUGGCAUGAACUGGAAGACAUGGAUGUUAAAGGAAACAUGCUAAGGUCUCCCAGAGUCAGAAGGACACCUCAAGGAUUCAAAGUAGAGAAUAUUCGUAAAGUGCAUGAGCAAGAAAAAGAAGAAUUAGGGGAUUCUGAUAAUGAAGAAUUCAGAAUUGCUGUACCCCUCAAAAAGAGCAAACCAAAAAGAAUACGAAACUACAAGAACAAGAUGGAAAACUGGGAAAAUGCUGAGUCUGUAAAUUUAUCAUAUCAAGAUUUAGGGCAUCCUUAUCAAAAGAAAGAAUUUCUGCGGGUCCUUAGAAGGCUUUUAAGAUGUGAAAAUUUGCAGCUUAUGGAAAAUUCUAUACAAGAUUUGAGCAGUGUUCUCCUUCCGAGAUGUUCACAUCUUUACCUGCAGAGAAAUUUCAUAACUGAUUUAAGGAAACUUCCCAGGGCUCCCAUGCUGCUUCACUUGUCGCUGCAACAAAAUAAUGUGGAAAGUUUAAAGGGUCUGGAUCUACUGAGAAAAACCACAAUUCAAUCAUUAGUCCUUAAAGGGAAUCCUGUGGAGUUGGAGCCAAACUACAGACAGCAGGUAUUUAGAAUUUUGCCUCACCUACAGCUUCUGGAUGGAAUCCCAAGGUUAGACAGUGAUGAUGUAGACGCAGUAGUUGAUUCAAAGACAUGUAUUGUGUCAUAGCAAAAAUCACCUAGUGUGUUCUACAGUCAUCUUGUGGACUUAUGCCUAGGCUAAGAGUGGAUCAGACAUGGAACUGCUGUAAGGAGACAUGGAACUGCAGUAAGGAGAUCCAAGACUGGACGCUCAGACAGAGAGUGAUGAGCGUUGUACUUUCUGGUGAUUUUGACAAGAAAGGAUAAUUCACUUCCAGUGGGAGAAGAUUCCCACCCUACAACAGAUCACUCAAAUUAUUAUUGAGCUGAGCUAAUGAGACACUAUUCUAUCUUCACAAAAAUUUAGCAAUUUCUCUGUAUUCGUUGAGGUAUUUUAGAUGCAAACAAAUACUGAUGUAACAAACACAUUCUUAUUGAAGGUUUAUUGUACGGUUUCUCAGUUGAUUUUGAAUAGGUCACUAAUGUAAAUAUUGAUCUAGUGAAUCAAAUUUUACAAAUAUGCGAAACAUUUGUGAAUAUAUUUAAUAUAUAUUCUUAUGU